AUGUCAGCGCAGGACGACAAGCUCGAGAACGGCAUCGUGGUCGAUACGAGCUCCGAUAAGGCGAUUGACCUUCGUAUUGAUAAUAGCGAGACUGGUACUGCGAGCGCUGCGGGGGGCAGUGCUCGACCGAGACGUGAAGCCCCUGAGUUCAUUCGCAGCAUGGCGCCAGAAGUGAGGGCGGCAACGGAAUUACGAUUGAGGAAGAAGCUCGACCUGAGAAUCAUGCCAAUGAUCGUCCUGAUGUACAUUAUGAACUACUUGGACCGAAACAAUAUUGCAGCCGCCAAGCUGGCAGGUAUCAUUACGGAUCUGAACCUCUCGGAUGUGGAAUUCCAGCCUGGGUGCUUAUAUUACCUCUCCUGCUGGUAUACCCGCAAGGAGCUCGGCUUCCGCACCGCAAUCUUCUACUCUGGCGCCUUGAUCAGUGGCGCCUUCUCCGGCCUCAUUGCAGCCGGCGUCAGAUACAACAUGGACGGCCUUCACGGCCUCCGGGCCUGGCGCUGGCUCUUCAUCAUCGAAGGUGCCGCCACCAUCGGCAUCGCCAUCGCGGCCUUCUUCGUGCUGCCCAACUUCCCCAGGACCACCUCAUGGCUAACAGCCGAAGAGCGAGCGCUGGCAAUCUGGCGUUUGGAGGAAGACAUCGGGGAGGACGACUGGCUCGACAGCGAGCACCAAUCCUUCACGGUCGGCCUGAAACUGGCGUUCUCGGACGUCAAGACCUACGUACUGAUGUUCUUGCUCUUCGGCAUCGUAGCCGCGGGGACGGUCACGAAUUUCUUCCCGACGGUCGUCAAAACCCUCGGCCAGAACGACGUCAACACGCUCCUGCUGACAGCACCCCCCUACGUGCUGGCAGUAAUCACCACCUUCCUCAACAGCUGGCACGCCGACCGCACCGGCGAGCGCUUCUUCCACAUCGCGCUCCCCCUCCUCUUCGCAAUCGCCGCCUACGUCCUCGCGGCAGCCACCACGUCCACCGCGCCCCGCUACGUCGCCAUGAUGCUCAUGGUGCCCGGCGUCUACACCGGCUACGUCGUGGCGCUGGCCUGGAUCUCGAACUCGAUCCCGCGGCCGCCGGCGAAGCGAGCGGCGGCCCUGGCCUUCAUCAACGCCAUCAGCAAUUCGAGUAGUAUCUACGCGAGCUACAUGUAUGGUGCGACUUAUGCGCCGCGCUAUGUCGUGGCGAUGGGGGUGAACUGUGCCAUGGCGAGCAUGGCGAUUCUGGCAGCGGUAGUUCUGAGGGUUAUUUUAGUGAGGCUGAAUCGGAAGCUCGAGCAGGGGAAGUUCGUGGACGGUGCGAUUAAUUCUGGUGGGUUCAAAUAUCGGCUUUAG